UUAAAGUCGCUCACAGCACCAGGAGGGCUCAUGGGGCGAGGAUGUCCCAUGGCCACGAAUAAUCUGAGGGAACAGCUGGAAUAUUGAUAAGGGGGGAAAACGGAAAUCAAAUGAAAAGUAGAGGGCAGAGAAGCGAGGGAAAGGAAAGCAAAGCACGUCCUGGAGCUGCGAGCAGCACAGAAGCCCCCUGAGGAAAUGUCUGCUUGAUGCAGCCUGUCUGGAUGGGCUGGGAAUUUUAACUUCAGCGCUGCUUUGGAUCCAACAAGUUUGAAUCUCUCUUCCCGCAAAACUGCAGCGGCGAGGGCAGGGAUCCGCAGCUGGUGGCGAGUUUGGGUUUUGGUCUCAACCUGGAUCUUUACAAACUGCUCUGCCACUGGCUGAGGGGAAAGGGUCCAAAAGGUCAAAUUUAGGACCUUUAAGUAUCUCUAAUAAACAAGUAAGGAUGUUUCAGACUGUACCAGACACUUCGUCUUACGUCAAGGAGGCUCUGUCGGUGGUGAGCGACGACCAGUCCCUGUUCGACCCCACGUACGGCGCGGCCGCGCAGCUCCCCAAGGACAUGACGGCCUCCGGCAGCCCCGACUUUGGGCAGCCCCACAAGAUCAACCCCCUGCCCCCRCAGCAGGAGUGGAUCAACCAGCCUGUGAGGGUCAGCGUCAAACGGGAGUACGACCACAUGAACGGAUCCAGGGAGUCCCCCGUGGACUGCAGCGUCAGCAAGUGUGGGAAGCUGGUGGGAACAGGGAGCGAGUCCAACCCCAUGAGCUACAGCACCUACAUGGAUGAGAAGAACGGGCCUCCCCCCAACAUGACCACCAACGAGAGGAGGGUCAUCGUCCCUGCAGAUCCCACCCUCUGGACCCAGGACCACGUGCGCCAGUGGCUGGAAUGGGCCAUCAAGGAGUACGGCUUGAUGGAGAUUGACACCACCAUCUUCCAGAACAUGGACGGCAAGGAGCUCUGCAAGAUGAACAAGGACGACUUCCUCCGCACCACCUCCCUCUACAACACUGAAGUUCUGCUGUCUCACCUCAGCUACCUCAGGGAAAGUAGCUCACUGCUGGUCUACAACACUCCAUCCCACACAGAUUCCUCACGUCUUGCCACCAAAGAAGGCCCUCCUGUCGCAGGAACACAAAAUGUGAAUAAGACAACGGAGCAGCAGCGGCCCCAGCCAGAUCCCUACCAGAUCCUGGGCCCCACCAGCAGCCGCCUUGCCAAUCCAGGCAGCGGGCAGAUCCAGCUGUGGCAGUUCCUGCUGGAGCUGCUGUCGGACAGCUCCAACGCCACCUGCAUCACGUGGGAGGGCACCAACGGCGAGUUCAAGAUGACGGACCCCGACGAGGUGGCGCGGCGCUGGGGCGAGCGCAAGAGCAAGCCCAACAUGAAUUACGACAAGCUGAGCCGGGCGCUGCGUUACUACUACGACAAGAACAUUAUGACCAAGGUGCACGGCAAGCGCUACGCCUACAAAUUUGACUUUCACGGCAUUGCCCAGGCCCUGCAGCCCCACCCCACCGAGUCGUCCAUGUACAAGUACCCGUCGGAUCUGUCCUACAUGCCGUCCUACCACGCCCACCAGCAGAAGGUGAACUUUGUGCCCCCACACCCCUCCUCCAUGCCUGUCACAUCGUCCAGUUUCUUUGGAGCAGCCUCCCCCUAUUGGACCUCCCCUGCAGGAAGCAUUUACCCCAACCCCAACGUGCCCCGCCACCCCAAUGCCCACGUCACGCCGCACUUGGGCAGCUAUUACUAAAUGCUUUCGUCUACCAGUGGCCUCGAGCAGCUGGUUGGACAUUUUCUUUACUCCUGGGAUUUUUAUGGUUUUUUGGGGGACCCUUAAUGGAUCAUUGUGGCCUUUCUGGGGGAGAAUUAAAACUGGAUAUUGGUUAUUCCUGGACCAAACCUUUUACUUUUGUAACUUUGCCUCUUGUGUCUUGAACUGAGAGAUGGAAGCUCCUGUGGGCCAGUAUUCUGCAUUUUCUUUGGGGUUAAAGGCUUGUGUCCUCUGUAGGAAGUGACAAUGAAGAUGCUUCACCAUUCCCUGGAAUGAUUUUUAGUUUUUGGUUAAGAGGAAUUUUUAAGGAUUCAAAGGCUUUUGGCAAGGCAUAGAUCCAGCAGUGGGUCAUAGGGAAAGAUGACCAUGAUGGGCUUUUCUCACUGGCCAUUUGACCAUUGAGUGGCGGACGUUGGGCUGCAGGGGAACACAACUGGAAUCUUAGCUCUAAGGCAGAGGAGGAUCUUCACCCAACUGGAAAUUAAAUAUAUAUAUAUUCAUAUAUAUAUAUAUAUAUGUACAUGUAUAUUUGAAGAAGUAAAGGGCAUUGAAGGAACUUUUCUAGAGUAAAACUUCAUUCAACUGUGUCUGAUGGCAGCAAGCAGCAGGAACCAGAACCAAGCRUGAUGCAAAGUCAAGCACAGACAUUCCUUGAAAGCAGAAGUGAAGUGAAUAAACGACAGCAGGUCCCUGGCUCUGCCCGAGCCGCGGGCUCUGGAAGCACCGAUUCGCGAACGCUGUGCGUUUGUCAGACCAUCCAACCAAGGGUCAACAAACCAGAAGGCAAAUUACUGUAUAAAUUAUGCAGAGUUAUUUUUCCCUAUAUCUCACAGUUUUAAAAAAGAAAGAGUAAAUAAAACGAGUUGACCUCGGUCACAAAUGCAGGUUUGUUUUUUACUAUCAGCUCAGUUGUUUUUGUUUAUUUUUUUUAAUGUAAUUUGUACAUCUUUUCAAUCUGUACAUUUGGGCUGUAGCUUUGUACUUUUUGCUAAAAAAAAAAAAAAAAAAAGACAUGAGUAAUGUAUCUGUUGGAGUUAGGCUUGGUCCUGCAAUUGGAUCCAUGAUUGACCCCCAAAGUGGCCAGAAACCUUCCAGAUUGCCCUGGGUUUGUCUAGAGGAGAGAAUUUUCUGGGUUAGUCCGCAAAUGAAUUCCACUUAUUCCCAUGUUUGCAUUGGGGCUGAUUGAAAACAGGCCCAGCAUCUCCAGGAAGCCAUCACAAUAUUCUGGGAUCGCUUUUCACCCCAAUCCUGAACUUUCCUUGGGAAGAUCUUAAACCACUUCAUAGAUAAAAAAGAGAAGUAUUUCGUCAUUUCGAUGGCUUCUGCUGGAGAUUCUGUGGAAAUCUGAGCCCUGCCAGGGUUCCCAGCCACCCCCAGCUCCACACAUGUGAAUGUGAUGCUGCACGAGCGGCGGUUUGGUGCCGUAAACAGAGGGUAAACCACAGGCGUUUGGGGUUUGGAACAGAUGUCUGGGGGGCGAGAUUUCCAUGUACAACCCAUUAGCCAACUUGUAUGAAGUGGCAGCCAAUUAACAGGAUCACAACUAUCUAGUCUAGACCAACCCCUGGGACUCUGUGGGGGCGAGAUUCGGUCCAUGUGCAUCCGAUUGCAGGAGGGGAGUCUGAGAGCAGAGCUUUGCAAUCUGCUCAGAGCGUUACACACAAGCACUGAUGCCAUUAUUUAACAAAGGGGGAGGAGAAGAUCAAGCUAAUCCAGUUAGGUCUUAGUGCUUUCAGGGUGUUUUUAAGUAACAUUUCUGCAAUAAUCGCUUCAUCUUUAAGUAUGAAGAAACUGCCCAUGGAAAUGGGGCUUUUGCUACUAUAUAUAUGCAAUGUACUUUUUGGAUAUUAAAAUAUAUAUAAUUUUGCAAGCUAUCUUGAUGGGUGUUGUUUUUUUAAAAAUGUAUUAAUGUUACAAUGAAACGGUUGUAUGAAGAAGAUGAUGUAAAAAAAAAAAAAAGUGACAAAAUAAAAGGUG